CGCGGAGUUACGAGGAGCAUUUACGGCAUCUGGAAGAAGUGUUCCGCUUACUUGAGGAAGCUAACCUGACGAUCGCCGGAGACAAGUGUGAGAUCGGCCGUUCGGAGGUUACCUAUCUUGGGCACGUCUUCAAUGAUAAGGGUAUGAGCCCGGAUGCGGCAAAGGUCGAAGCAAUACUUCGUUGGCCUGUUCCUACAACGGCCAGCGAACUGAGGUCGUUUGUCGGCCUGGCUGGGUAUUAUCGACAUUUUGUUAGCCAUUUCUCUUCGGUGGUGAGGCCUCUAUAUGCCUUGGAGCCCGCCUGUAAGAAGGAAAAGAGUAACAGCCUCUUGGGUAAGUGGAAGGAAGAGCAGGAUACGGCUUUCCUACACUUGAAGUGUGGCCUAGCGUCCUUGCCGGCCUUGGCUUACCCCGACUUCGAGCAACCUUUCCAGUUGGUUACGGACGCCUCCGACUACGCCAUUGGUGCAGUAUUGGAACAGCAGGGGAGGCCUCUGGCUUUCUACAGCCAGGCGCUUUCUGGUGCACAGCUGAGGUGGCCUGUUUAUGAGAAGGAGGCCUAUGCGAUAUUCAAGGC